AUGCCGUGGUGGAUUCAGAAACUAGAGAUAACUGGAAAUGGUUCUUGGAGCAUUUACACAAUGACUUGGACAACUACAAGGUUCAUGGUUGAAACUUCAUUAGUGACCAACAAAAGGUCUCAACGAGAACUACUCUCCCACGCGUCACUUACCGCAGUCGGAUUCGACUACCACCACCGUCAUAGGCCGGAAAGGCCUUCUUCCAGCAACACCAACACGCUUAUUGUUCGAUUUGCGUUGGAACGGCAACCACGCGGACAUCCAGCGUGCACAGUAAGAGAGAGCGUGUGUUUCUUGUGGUUGAUGUCGACGUCGCAAGUAGAAGGGGUUUCAAGUGUGGUUGCUCUUCCACCCCCGUCACCCUGCCGGAGUUCAUUAAUGGAGUGCGUUGUGGGUGAACCGGUGGAUUAUGUUCCAUCUCUCGGUGGAAAUGAGAUUUCAUCCAAUCCAAAUGAAAAUAUAGUUGAACCUCUCGUCAUCGAUCCUGUGCAAAUGACUAAGGCCACGCAAAUGUUGGAUGUUACUGAUGAUGGAAGUGAUGAGAUGGAUAUUUGUGACUAUCUGCCUGAUCAUGGUACCCUGGAGGAAGAUGAAAUACCAAGUGUUGGGAUGCGGUUUGCGAAGUUUCAACUAGCGCAUGAUUUUUAUGUUAGCUACGUCAAGAAAGUUAGGUUUGCAACUAAGAUAAGGAUGACAACAUUUGACAAGAUCACGAUAGAACCCGUUAACCAGGCUAUCCACUGUAAUCAGGAUCGCAUCCACGGGUCUCGUGUCAAAGCACCAACGCGCAAAAAUCCGAUUUCAGCCGCAUGGUGCAAGGCAAGAAUAUAUGUGAAAUUUGAUAAGGAGAAGCAAGAGUGGCUUUUCUUUAAGGUUGAGUUGAGGCACACGCACCCAUGUUCGGCGAAGAAGGUAGUGCACUACCGUGAGUAUAGGCAGCUGAGCAUGCAUGCGAAUUAUGUGAUUCAGAAUAAUGACGAGGCUGGGAUUCGACCAAACAAGACCUUCCUAUCUUUGGCCAAUGAAUCUGGGGGCCCGUCGAAUCUGGGAUUCUCAGAAAAGGAUUUAAGAAACUAUAUUACAGCAAGACUCCAAACGAGCAACGCAAAUGCGGAUGUUAGGGAGAUGAUGAACUAUUUCAUGAGAAUGAAAGACAUCAAUCCAAACUUUUUCUAUGCAGUGAAAUUGGACGAUGAGUGUAGAUUUAGGAGUGCAGUUUGGGUUGAUGCAAGGUGCAUGACUUCCUAUGAAUACUACGGAGACGUUGUGUCACUCGAUAGCACUUACAGUACAAACAGGCAUGCGUUACCGUUUGUGUCGUUCAUCGGUGUCAACCACCAUGGUAAGUCAACCCUCCUUGGAUGUGCGCUGUUAGGAAACGAGAAAAUUCCGAGUUAUGAGUGGGUUUUUACACAAUGGUUGACGUGCAUGGGAACAACUCCACAGUGCAUCAUUACUGAUCAAUGUAGAUACAUGUAUGGUGCGAUUAGAAAGGCGUUACCCAAUACACGUCACCGUUGGUGCAUAUGGCGCAUCAUGAAGAAGUUUCCUCAGAAGCUUGGAGGUUAUCGUCAGUACGGAGAGUUGUAUCCCGACCUCAGGAACAUUGUUUUUAACUCUCGAACGGAGGAGGCAUUUGAGAGAAAAUGGUUUGAAUUUAUGGAGGAGUACAAUUUACAUGACAACACAUGGCUGUCAGAUCUUUAUGAUGACCGACGCAUGUGGGUUCCUCUAUUCUUCAAGGGAGAAUUUUGGGCUGCCAUGAGGAGUACACAAAAGAGUGGGAGCAUGCACGCAUUUUAUGGUGGAAUCUUACACAGCAAGACUAGCUUGGUCCAAUUUGUUCACGAAUAUGACAAUGUGCUUGGAACCAAGGAGCAGAGGAAAUUAGAGGAUGAUGCAGUAGACUCCAGGGGGGAGUACACUACUAGCAUGUUUAGGGAUGUUCAAAUGGAGUUUGUGAAAAAGGCUGACUGCAAAGCAUCAGUAGUUACUGAAGACUGGCCAGUGGUACGCAUGAAGGUGGAAGAGGAAAAAUUAGUAGAUGAUACUAUGAUCUGUGUUUCGUAUGUUGUCCACUUUGACCGCUCCACACAGGAGGUUCGUUGUGAGUGCAACCUUUUUGAGAGUUCAGUGUAUAAAGUACCUUCCUGCUAUGUUCUCCCUCGUUGGAGCAAGAAUAUAAAGCGCAAGCAUACUUAUAUCAAGAGCAGUCACGACGUCAGUCGGUCAGAUUUGAGUCAUAAUGCAUUCAAGGGAUUAUGUGCACACUUUUACAACAUUGCGCAAGAGUUCAUAAAUGACGAGGAUGAAACUAAUUUGCUGCAUGCUCCUUUAGAAGAAACAAGGGCCAAGUUGAGUGAGCAUCGUGCUAAGAAGAGGUCCGAGAGCGUGGCGGAGAACCACACCAGCAUUGGCUCACAACAUUCGAAUGUUCUCGGUGUAGUCGACAUCCAAGCAACAUCGUUGGUCACUACAAAGGGCCGGCCAAAGAGUAAGAGGCUCGGAUCAAACCUUGAGAAGUCCUUCAAGAAAUCUAGUCAGAGAAAAAACAAGAACGCUUCCUCGGUGGUUCAUUCAAAUACAUAUCAGGAUACAAGUACUGGUGAUCCUAUUGCCCAGACUGUGCCCGAACAAGUGGGGAGCUUCAUGUCUUUGCUAAGCUCCUUUGACAAAAGUUAG